AUGCCACGUCGGAGCCGCCGGGACCAGACUGAGCCAGUCCGCAAAAGAACGCGGACGGGCUGCUGGGGUUGUCGGAAACGUCGCAUCAAAUGUGACGAGGCAAAACCCCAGUGUCGAAAUUGCAUCCUUCGUGGUCUGGCUUGUGACAACGGCAUUCAGUUGAAAUGGCACGCCGAAUUCGAGAGUCGGGGGCUGGCAUUUGGACGGCAGGGCGUGUGGGCCAAGGACCCGCACUCGUCAUCAACAAAGCCGCAUUCUCCGCCUGUGACAAGCCCAGUUGGGUGGUGUGGGCAACCUCGGAUUGGACCGCAUCAUUUCCUACACACCCUGUACACUGAUUUUCAACCUAACUCACAGCGCCAAGAAGUUUGUGAUAUUGGAGAUGAGAUCAACACGGUGGGCUCUGAUGGCGUUACUUCUGGUCCUGACCAGUCUUUCGUCCCAACCCAAAACACGCUGUUUCGAAGCCCCUCGCCCCUUAUUCGCUUCGAUGGAUUCGACUACGGGUUGCUGGAAUACUACGUCCUCCGACUUUGCCCGUUGACCAGUGCCUCCCAAAAUUCACCGUCGCCUUUCGCCAACCUCAUUGUCCCCUUAUUCGGCACCUGUACUUCCGGGCCUGAGGAUGUGUUGCUUUCGGUCAUGGCAUUUUCCGCCCGGCACAGGAGUAUAGCAGAUGACGACUGGUCCCAAACCGCUAUGACACUCAAGGGAAGAGUUCUUACCUCACUCCAGAGAAGGUUAGGCUCGAGCGGUGUCCCAACCCCCAUCGCAUGGGAUCCGCAGAUACUUAUCAUCAUGAUGUUUCUCUGUCUUUAUGAAAUUGUCGACAAUUGCGACCACCGAUGGGUCAUUCAUCUCAAGGCCAGCCAAGACAUAAUCCGACGCAGGAAGCAGUUACCGCCCCCACGCGCGCACGUGGAUAACAAGGCCUUAUCAUCCUUUGCCGAGAGAUUCUUCGCUUUCCAAGAUGUCAUCAGCAGAACAGCUUGUUGCCACGCUCCCUUGUUCGGAGCCGAGUACUGGGAAAGCAAUGAGCACCAACGCAAUGUUGACUCCUGGAUGGGUUGUAGCCCGGAGCUCGUGCGCAUCCUCAGUCGCAUCACAGAGCUUAGCAGCGCCAGGGGAGCUGACAGGAUCUCCGCAGAUGACUUCACAGACCAAGCUCAAGUACUUAGGUCGGAACUCGAUUCCAUGAGAUCGGACAUCCAAACCCUGGAAGAUGACGAUCUGGCAGCUGUCGCAGAGUUGAAGCGCUUGUCUGCUCUUCUAUUCUACUAUUGCGAACUGUACGACGCCUCCCCAUCCACCCCGCUAGUCUCUCGGCUCGUCGCUAAGAUUCUACGGGGAGUCCACCAUCUGCUGCGAGGAUCAUCCAUUGGAGGACUCGCCUUUCCCGUGUUUGUGGCUGCCGUGGAACUGGAGCCGGCAGAUGAGGAAUUGUUUUGCGACAGUGAAACUGGCGAAUCUGUCUAUGGACGGCGGCUUGUGUUAGAGGCAUUGGAUGUCAUGUCUAGACACUCCUUGUCUAAUGUUCCACGUACUAGAGCUGUGAUUCGAAAGGUGUGGGCGUUGCGCGACAUGCACCUCCAAGGCGACUCCGUGAUCGAUGAGUCCCCCACAGCCAAGUCAGCUCACAUGAAUGACUGGGGUUCCUUUGUCGGCCCAAACAGCUUGAAUAUCAGUUUGGCUUAG